GUCAGGUCUCUCGCUCAAUGAUGAGUUUGUAAAAACAGGACUUCAAGGAGGGUUUGUAUUAUAGCGAAAAUGUUGAAAGUUUUGUGAGAAAACUCCUCCUCUAGAACCAGACGGAUUAACGAAAGUCUACAACUGUCAAAUUGUUGUACAAGUAACCUCUUCAUUUCACAGAGAGUGCUAACAGGACCUGUAGGCGAGCAGAGGAGAGGAUCUGGGAAAAGUCAGUGAGAGUUUCAUCAUGGGUAAACAGAACAGCAAGCUUCGCCCUGAAGUUCUGAACGACCUACGAGAGAACACAGAGUUCACAGACCAUGAGCUCCAGGAGUGGUACCGUGGUUUUCUCAAGGACUGUCCCUCCGGUCACCUUACGGUUGAGGAGUUCAAGAAAAUCUAUGCCAAUUUCUUUCCAUAUGGUGAUGCUUCAAAGUUUGCAGAGCAUGUAUUUCGUACUUUUGAUACCAACAGCGACACCACCAUUGACUUCCGGGAGUUCAUUAUUGCUCUGAGCGUGACCUCGCGUGGAGGUCUAGAACAGAAGCUUCGAUGGGCCUUUAGCAUGUAUGAUUUGGACGGCAACGGAUACAUCAGUCGGGCUGAAAUGCUGGAGAUUGUACAGGCAAUUUAUAAAAUGGUUUCAUCGGUGAUGAAGAUGCCCGAUGAUGAGUCAACUCCAGAGAAACGCACAGACAAGAUUUUCCGCCAGAUGGAUACGGACAAUGAUGGUAGACUCUCUCUUGAGGAAUUUAUCAAAGGUGCCAAGAGCGACCCUUCUAUUGUCAGACUGCUGCAGUCUGACCAAAGCACCUCUCGACAGUUAUAAAUACAGGUGUUAAAAGCAGCUGACAGGCAACUUCUCGUGCUCACUGAAAAUACAGAAACGUUAAACUUUAUAUGUUCAAGGGUAGUUAACCGUUUAACCGUCAGUAUUACAGCCUAUGCCGGUGGAUUGGCAUUUUUUGGCAAGUUGUAUAAAAUGUCUGGGAUUUGUUUGGAUUUCAAGGGACGACCAACAAAAGCUUUUUUCAAUUGUUUGCAUACCAAUCAAAGAUGGUAAAUAGACAGUAACAUCUGCAAAUCCCCAGAAUGUCAUUUUGGCCGAAACCUGAAGUGCAGUUUGUAAAUAUUCUAUAGCUUUUCAUUCCUUUCAAAACUUAAUCGAAAAACACUCCAAAACAUUAUUUACAUUGCCUGGGCAUUUCCUAAUGUAUGCACAUAUUUUACUAGGUGUCCUAUGGCCAGAUGGUGACCGUCUGUUUUAUGCUAUGAAGGUCUAGCUAAAUUUGGAGCUGUGUUUUUGACCUGCCAAUCAUGAUGUCUGCUUAGUACUUUUGUGACGCGUGUUUUGCAAAGCUAGAGCACUAUUAAAAGUGUUUGUUCUCAGGAGUUAAGAAAAUGAUUCAGUGUGUGCAAUAUAAUCACAGCCCAUUAAACUAUUUUCCUGCUUUGUAACACUUGGAAUCCUGACUGGCUUCAACCUUUAGGCAGAAAACAGACAGCAGCCAUCAGGCUACUAUGGAGGUUCAGUCAUUAAUAUUUUAACAGUGUUGUCAGUUUAGACAUAUCGGGCAGAUUGAAUGACAGACAGUUGGUUAGUUUCCCCUCAUCCUUUCUCCAGUCCAGUGUCAAAACACAACACAGAUGCUGUUGGAUAAGAAGCUCCAUGGAAUGUAAACAAUUUUAUUCAAUUAUUUUGAGUUUUUACAGGAUCUGUUUAUAGAAAGAAGCAACUUCUCAUUGUUUUCUUGUGGGGUUAUGCUCUUAAUUUGCUUUUAUGUAUGGGUGGUAUUUCUGCGCUUCAACAAUCGUCAGACUUUAAUAUUUCUUUGGUUAAGUAACUUGACAGUUAAAGUGAAAUGCCAAAACAAAUAUUUGUACGGGAUAUAUUAGAUGUAUGGGUAGUUUCUAUUUUGUAGUGUCCAUUAUGCUGUAAGCAAUGAUGGUUGAAAAUAACACAAUCUUUACUGCAGCUAAGAAUGGGAUGUCUAGCCAUAUUUUGUGAAGCCAAAGUACUGGUGCAAAUCUAAAUGUUGCAUUCUCACAAAUUAACAGUGUACUUGUCUGUAUGAAUAAAUAAAUCAUGAUCUACAAGUCA